GUUGGUCGUGUUACGAUGUUUUUUGUCCGGCUCUCACGUCGUUGAGUAGGAAAUAUAAAAAUGCCGCUUCUAAUUUUAAACAAACGAUAGCAUAGCAUGCCCCUUGAUUGGUUUUAUACAAAUAUAUCACCAUCGCCAAAUUUCUAAAAUAUUAUUAUAUUUGGUAUUUUUGUGUUUUGAUUUGUGUAUUUGUAUUUUUCCUCUCAAGACCAUGGGAGUAUAUGACCUUAUUUGGUAUCUCCUAAAUAGAGAACACUACCCAGACUGCAGUUGUCCUUCACAGCCAGUUACUACUAGAUAGAGAAAUAACUUAACUCUUUGGACGCUGAUGUAGGUUCGUGUAACUUUGCGAAUGCUUAUGUGAUUAGUACGUGCAUUCAUUGCAGCAUUGUUUUGAUGUGGUUUUAUUGGACAUUACAUUGUAACGUAUAUAUACACGUCUUACACCAUCACAGUACUCUUACAUCUUGUCUAUUGUUUUCAUUUAUUUCUCUCAUUUGUUUUCUACUUAGUUGGAGCAGCAUGUCUGUGGAGAAUGUGGCAGCACCUCCUCCACCUCCACCUCCACCUCCAUCACUGGCUCGCUCAUUGUCAAGCAAGAAGAAGCUUUACCAGGCUCUAGCAGAGGGAAGGGCCCCUGUAGAAGGGGACCAUGAGGAGGCCAGCGUUAUUCUAGGACAGAGAGAAAGCAGUUUUAGGAAGGAUCUGCAGUGGUUGCUGUUCAAUAAGUAUGUGCCUUCACUUAUUCAAGAUGGUCCACAAUGUGGUCUUGUGGCCUUAUGGAUGGCGACUCAUCUUCUGCAGCCUCCUAAGACAGUGGUGCUAGAGACACUGGUCCAGAUGGCGAAAGACAACGGCUUCACUGAACAAGGAGAAAUGUUUUCUGCAUGUGACAUGGCCAAGCUGGCGGAGGAAGUGUGUGGGUGCAGAGUUCAGAGGUUAUCAGGAGGCAUGAUGGGAGAAAACAUUGCUGUCAUUCUUAAACACCUCACUGGCGGGCAACCUGUUCUUAUACCAUAUGAUGAGGAUUUUAAUCAUGAGCCCUGUUUACGCAGUGGCCACAAAGCCCACUGGGCAGUCGUCUCAGGUGUAUUAUUAGGGUUAAGGCAGGGGUGUGUGGACAGCAGACUCUUCCCCCCUGACCUCACACUUCCCUGGUUGCAUCUCUCUCAGAACGAGUCUCCUGUCUCAUGGCCGACCGAUGACGUUAAAGAGGUGUUUGUUCUGGCAAAGCAGGGGAAGAGUCUACGCUACCAGCUGUGGAAGUAUGAGCUGGUAACACAGAGCAACAGUCAACUCAAGGAGAUGGACCCUCAGAGAGCCAGCGAUGGGACGAGGUACGUACUUCCUCCUGGUGGCGUACAGGACGGUCUAGCGGGACAAGUGCUGCUUCUCCACACUAACACGCAGAAGAACUGAUCAAGAGCACCAAAGACCCUUCUGCAGGCAAUAUGAGUUCUUUCAGGAGCUGGUCACACACCUAUAUUUUCAGUCCUUGUCCACUAGGUGUCCUUAUAGUUUGAGUGUUUCUAAAGGUGCUAGUGAAACAUUCAUGUAUGCAAAUAAGGGUAUUUAUAUUAGAUGGGAUAUUAGGAUUUUACAAGGACGAAUGUUUACAGAGAUAAAUUCAUAUUUGUAGUUUGGGUUGAAGUACAUUUCACAAGCAAGUGGUUUUAAAAAAAAUAAACUGGUAGAGGUUUUGUGGUUUAAGUCCUUCUCUUUUUUUCAUUGUGGUGCCUGCUAGCUCUCAGGAUUGUACAACAGUAAUGGUUUUGACUUCUAUUUAACGGCAUUUAGAUAGUGAACUGUUUGUUGACCAGUAUGAGGUAAUCCUCUAGACUAAUCAGAACAUCGAGUCCGGUUCAGGACAAUCUAACUGAAUGGAAGAUGCAAGUCAUUUACUGAUAACCCUCAGUAAGAGAACAAAGUGUUUGGCUGUUGUGAUGUCAUCCGGCCGCUUUAGAACACUUCUGUUGUGCAACUUGAGGAAGAGCUGCUCUCCGCACAGGAAAUUAUGACAGAGGAAAACAUCACUUGGCAUGAAUAGAACAUUUAUCAUAAUAAAGUGAGCAGUAUCCUUGUAAUCCGAAUCAUGUUCAGAAUGUCCUCCUCGCUCAUGAGAAUGUUCAGUUCCAUAUAUUGCUUUCAUUUUAGGGUCAGUAAGAAAAUACACUGUCAAAGUCCAGAAAAGUAUGAAAGACAUCGUCAGAAUAGUCCAUCUGCCAUCAGUGGUUUAACCGUAACGUUAUGAAGCAACGA